GCAAAUGCUAAUUCUGGCUACAAGAAGAAUGUUGGCAACUACCAGACGAAGGCUUGCUUCGAGUACGUACUGAAUGAAGCCUCCUGCGGAAAGUUCUUCGACUUUGGGGUCGUCGACGGGGCCUGCGAUUGCGUGCCCAAAGCGGAAACAGACUGCAACCAGGCGGACGCUGAUAACUACCAUGU